AUGCCCACGUUGCAUUCGCUCACCAACAUUGACCCGCCUUCACCUCUUGGUAUACUCAGCAUCCUCCCGCUUGAAGUACGAGACAGAAUCUACAACUCGGUCUUGGCCAACAACGAUGGCUGGUGGAACCAGAUGAUUUGGUUGCAUCGUAAGGAUGGUUUCGAUAAAGUUGACCUGGAUGCAAGAGUAUUACUGGAAUGCUUGCCAUUAAUGAAGACAUCAAAGCAGAUCCGCAGAGAAUGUCUUGAGACUUUUCUGAGAGAGCCAGAUAUGUGCAGAGGAUGUGACGGCCGUCUGGAAAAUCUACUUACGAAGCCUGAUGGGAUACGCCUCUAUGGCCUUCUCAAGGAUCUGAGAACGCAAUGCGAUUUGUCCAAGCACACGAGAAGACUGGGUGUUGUGAUGCAAGCCAUGCUGAUCCAGCCCCUCUGGCACGACGCAAACGAGCGUUGGAUCCCAGACCAGAUCAACAAACUGAGACGCUGCUUUGAUGCCUUCAAGAUUCCGUCAAGCAGAUAUUUUCUCGACUUAUACUAUGGAAAUCCGACUCGUGUGACUUACGACUACAGUUUCCCACAUUACCUCGACGAUCUUCCUUGGGGUACCUCGCAACGUCCGAUGGACUUCGCAGAGAUUUAUUGUGUGCAGGAUGUUACUGUCAAACUUUGGAUGGGGGAUGCUGACGCCUCGACGAAAGCUUUGGACAAAGCUUGCGAGGACAUGGAUGAACUGAUGUCGUGGGAUCGUGAUGUUUUCUUCGAAGUCGCCGACAAUAUCGAGGGUACUGAUGGCCAGAAGGCAGACUUGAAGCGACAGAUCGACGAAGGUUUCCUUUUGGUCAGCAGGAACAUGGGGAGAUUGAGAGAAUAUCAUAUUUCCUGGAUUAGGCGUAUGGAGGUGCUCUGGGAUGGUUACUACGACGUAGCAGACUUCUUCAACAUGGUCGAGAGCACUAACCAGACUUGA